AAUAAAAUAUAACUCUCUCGUCUUCUACUUCGACGCAGCCUCCACCAUCCCCAGCGACUAGAGGACGCUAUUUUAAAUUGGGGAAGUUCAUUUCCUUGGGCAAGUUCAUUGACCUGGUAGUGAACACGGAGAAGACGAUUUUCUUUGCAGCUGAAAUUUUGCAAUGGCUUUUCUGUUUAACAAAUUUCAAGAGGCAGUGAAAGUUCUUGCAAAAAGUCCUACAUUUGCCAGAGAUCCAAGGCAGUUACAAUUUGAAGCAGACAUAAAUCGCCUUUUCCUAUAUACCUGCUACAAUCGUUUGGAGAGGAAUGUUGAAGAGGCAGAUGCAGAAGAGAUCAUUGAAAUGGCUAGUAAAGCUUCUGUUGCUGAUCAGGAGAAGCAAGUCCAAGAAAACAUCCAUUCUCAAAUUGAAAAUUUCUGCACAGCUAUGGAUGAAAUUCUUCUUCCUGAUAUGAAUAAGAAAAGUGAGCCAGGUGAACCACUUGGGCAGUCAGAUACAGCUUCUUGUCAUAGUGGCCUUAGUUUGGCUGUGGGAAAGAGUGAUCAACCUACUGUUCGUCCAGCUAUGUCUGAGACAAGACCAUUGAAAAGUGCAGAAGUUUCAUGGAGGUUGAAAGAUAUCAUUGGCUACACACUUGGUCGGAAGGCAUCUCAGAUACCCCACAAAGAAGCUGGACAAGGCUUAUUUGUAGAUGGUGAAGCUGAUGUUGGCACUGUGAUUGCCUUGUACCCUGGCGUGAUAUACACCCCACCUUAUUAUCGUCAUAUCCCUGGAUUCCCAAGAGUUCAUGCCCAUAAUACAUACUUGAUUACAAGGUAUGAUGGUACUGUUAUCAAUGCCCAGCCCUGGUGUUCUUGGGGCGAAGCCCAUGAAGUGUGGAAUGGAUCACUUGUGCCAGAAAUCAGGCCUAAUGUGCAAAGUAGCGAGAAAGGUUCGGAUCAGUUCUGGAAAAUGCUCAGUAAGCCUUUAGAAGGGAUACAAGUUAGUUGUACUAGUGAGGUCCUAGAGCGGAGGAACCCAUUAGCUUUGGCUCAUUUUGCCAAUCAUCCAGCAAAGGGUAUGGCUCCAAAUGUCAUGAUUUGCCCUUAUGACUUCCCAUUGACUGAGAAGGACAUGAGAACCUAUAUACCAAAUAUACCAUUUGGCAACUCGGAAGAAACGAAUAUUAGAAGAUUUGGCAGCUUUUGGUUUAGAUCUAGGGCAAAAAAGAGUGGGUCUGAUGUUCCUGUUCUGAAGACUCUCGUUUUGGUGGCUACUAGGACACUUUGUGAUGAAGAAGUGCUGGUGAACUACAGGUUGAGCAACUCAAAGCGACAGCCAGAGGGGUAUACUCCAGUGGAUGAAGAGGAAUACCGAAGGAGAUGAAGCUAGUGAGUGAAACUUGAACGUCAAAAGUGUUGUAUAGGCAGGGUUUGUGCCUCAUGGAGCAUACUUAUGUUGCACCAAGGAUCUGGCUUGGAGCGUACCUCAUUUUCUUCUUAAUUUUUAGGAAUUGAACUCUCAGUUUUCAACCUCUUAAAAGCUAGAACGUCUAGGUUUGAUAGGUUGGACUAUAAUUUAGACUGACAGGACUGGAUUAUCUUAUUGAGUUAGCAAAACUUUAGGGGUGAUAAUUUUGAGUUACUUGGUCUUUUUCAAUCAUUUGUUUGAUUCUCAAGUGUAAAAAUAACCCAAUUAAAGAUGGUGAAUCUUUCAUAUGUUGGAAUAGAAGGGGCGGCAACAUUCGGUCUA